GCCGAGAUGGGGCCCACGGCCUGCGUCAACGGCAGCUGCGUUUGCAAGGACGCUUGCUCCUCCAACGGCACGAGCUGCGACACGCUUCACGAGUGCAACAAGAGCAUCGGGAAGUGCGGCUUCUUGGCGGGGAGUUGUGUGGGCACCGCGGAGUGCAAGGGCGGGGAGUGCGUCUGCCCCGAGGGCGAGUGCACCCUGGACGGCAAGAAGUGCGUGCCCGCGACCGUGGGCGCCCACGCGAUAGCCAAGCUCACCGCUGCGAAGGCGGCGACCUCCCUGGGCGGCCAUCGCCAGGGCAGGAGCCUGCAGCUGGUCGGCCUCGCGGCCGGCCUCCUUGCGGUCGCCCCGGCCGUCCUGGUCCUGCCGGCCCGGCGGCGGCCCUCCCGCGAUCCCACGCCGCGGGCAGCGCAGGCCGCGGGCGGGCGGCGCCCCGCCAUCGACGCGCCGCUGCUCGGCUCGUGA